UUCGUGGUCCUAGGGUGCUCGAAUAAUGUGAUGUCUGUUAAAAACUAAGUUUUAUUUUUGUUUUAAUAUAUAUAUUUGAUAUAUUUGAAAUGAUGUGAAUCCCAAAGUGUAUGUGAUGCAAAUGGCAUUACAAAACUUGUGGAUCGGUAAAAGUUUUGGCCACUAAAUCUGACUUGCAUGCAAAUGAAGCGAUCUCCAAAGCCAAAUAUACGCAAUUAUGUGCAAUUAAAUUGACAAUAAACCUUUUUCAAAUACGGUUUUUUUCCUUUCAACAAACGAGUAUAAAAAAAAAAAAAUGUUAUAAGUCAAGUUGCCGGUGCGAGCGAUACAAAGCAUUUGUUUUCAAUAGAGGCCUAAUUAUUUUGAACUCAACUAAAAUCUGGAUUCCUAUUGAUUGAUUUUAAAAUGAAGUUUAACCCAGCUAUGAAUCACGUAUACCUAAAUGAUGCCUUCAAGUCCUCCACCAUAUCCAUCAACUUAAACCUUCCAGAGCAAAGUACCAGUGACUGCAGUUUGGGAGGAGCAUUUCAGGAGUCCAAGGAGCUUGUACUGACAGAAGAUGGCCGAAAGGUGCCUCCAGCUGGGAGCCGAAGUAUUCUGGAUAGGUCGAGAGGCUGUUUCGAGAAUUGCAAGAGACGCCUAUUCAAUAAGAGGACGCUGCACAAGCGUCUGCCCAUUCUGCGCUGGCUUCCGGCGUACAGAAGCGAGGAUGCUAUUUGUGAUCUGGUGGCCGGCAUAAGCGUCGGACUCACAGUCAUUCCGCAGGCGCUAGCCUAUGCGGGAAUCGCAGGUCUUCCUGUGGCGUAUGGACUGUACUCUAGUUUCGCUGGAUGCUUCGUGUAUAUAUUCCUGGGCAGUUGUAAGGACGUGCCGCUGGGUCCUUCAGCUAUUGUUGCGCUGCUGACGUAUCAGGUGGCGCAGGGCUCCUGGCAGAAGUCGGUGUUACUUUGCCUUAUGUGCGGAGUUGUUGAGCUGCUAAUGGGCCUGUUUGGGUUGGGUUUUCUCAUAGACUUUGUUUCUGGGCCGGUGGCCUCAGGCUUCACCUCAGCCGUCUCGCUGAUUAUUCUAUCCUCACAAAUUCAGAAUGUGCUAGGCAUUAAGGCCAAUGGCAAUACCUUUGUGGAGGUCUGGAGGCAGGUGUUUAUCAACAUACAAGACUCCAGACCCACGGAUACCAUUCUGGGAAUCACGUGCAUAGUGGUUCUCCUGAUGCUGCGCAUGCUCUCCUCAUACCGCAUCGGACCUGCGCCGGAAGAGCAGCACUCGCGCUGUCAACGAUUUGCCAACAAGCUCUUCUGGAUUGUGGGCACGGCGCGCAACGCGAUCCUGGUCGUAGUCUGCUGCAUCAUGGGCUAUCUGCUGCACAGCGACCAGCAUGGCGCGCCUUUUCGCAUCGUAGGCGAGAUACCCCCGGGCCUGCCCAGUGUGCAGUGGCCACCCACGUCUCUAAGCGCCAACGAGACCGCAGACGGCAAUCCGCAGGGCUUCGUCGACAUGGUGCACAGCAUUGGCUCCGGGCUAAUAGUGAUUCCCCUGAUCUCCCUCAUGGAGAGUAUUGCAAUUGCAAAGGCUUUCGCUUUUGGCCAGCCCAUCGACGCCUCCCAGGAACUCAUUGCUAUCGGCACAGCCAAUAUACUGAACUCCUUUAUGCAAGGCUUCCCGGGCACCGGCGCACUUAGUCGUGGAGCUGUCAACAAUGCCAGCGGGGUCCGCACUCCACUGAGCAAUGUUUAUUCCGGAACCUUAGUCAUUAUAGCACUCCUGUUUCUUACGCCCUACUUCUACUUCAUUCCUAAAGCCACGCUGGCUGCAAUUAUAAUUGCCGCCGUCGUCUUCAUGAUCGAAAUCAAAGUAUUAAAGCCCAUCUGGCGUUCCAAAAGUAAGUAAACUAACUAUUCGAGUU